AUGUCUUCCGGCAGCCCUUCUCCUUCGUCCUUACCAAAAGCGUACUCCAACUCUCAACAUCCAGCUGCUCCACCGACUCCCUCGCCGUCCCCUAGCCCGCCGGCUACACUCUACAGCCGCCUAUCCAACGGUAGCCUGAGCGCUCCGAGCCCCACGCUCUCCCGCUGCUCUUUUCACGGAGUCUCUUUUCUACUUCAGAUUGGACUCACCAGGGAGACUGUUAACCUCGAAGCGCAUGAUUUGUCGCUUUCCGCCGUGAAAGAUCUUGUCUGUUCUAUAGUGGACCAAAAGUUCCCAGAGUGCGGGUUCUUUGGCAUGUACGACAAGAUCCUGCUCUUCCGCCAUGACCUGAGCUCGGAGAACAUCCUGCAGCUGCUGACGUCGGCCGAGGACAUCCACGAGGGAGACCUCAUCGAGGUGGUCCUCUCGGCUCUUGCCACCGUCGAGGAUUUCCAAAUCCGGCCCCAUGCCCUUUACGUGCACUCCUACAAGGCCCCCACCUUCUGCGACUACUGCGGCGAGAUGCUGUGGGGGCUGGUUCGACAGGGCCUCAAAUGUGAAGGUUGCGGGCUGAACUACCACAAGCGAUGCGCCUUCAAGAUCCCCAACAACUGCAGCGGGGUGCGGAAGAGGCGCCUGUCCAACGUGUCGCUGCCGGGGCUGUCCGCCCCACGCCCGGCCCCCGUCGAGCAAGCCCCGGCCCCGGAAGAGCAACGCUCUCACCAGGAUGCCGGGAAGCGGGUCCCGUCCUGGAGCGGACGGCCCAUCUGGAUGGAGAAGAUGGUGCUGGGGCGGGUCAAGGUGCCCCACACCUUCGCCGUGCACACCUACACCCGUCCCACCAUCUGCCAGUACUGCAAGCGCCUGCUGAAGGGCCUGUUCAGGCAGGGCAUGCAGUGUAAAGAUUGUAAAUUUAAUUGUCACAAACGAUGUGCAUCAAAGGUACCAAGAGACUGCCUUGGUGAGGUGGUCUUCAAUGGAGAGCCAGCGAGCCCUGGUCCGGACUCGGACACCACCAUGGAGGUGGACAAUAGCGACGGAACUAGCGAGGGCGAGGGCGGGCGGGGCCUGGACGACUCCGAGGUCCCGUCCCCCGCCGAGGGCAAGAUCUUCUUCAUGGACCCGCCCGAUCUGGAGCCGCCCUACCUGGACGGAGAGAAGGAUGAGGAGGCUGGAAAAACCAUCAGUCCCUCCACCAGCACUAACAUCCCCCUGAUGCGAGUAGUACAGUCCAUCAAACAGACUAAGAGGAGGAGCUCUACCAUGGUGCGGGAGGGAUGGAUGGUGCACUACACCAGUAGGGACAACCUGAGAAAGAGACAUUACUGGAGGCUGGACAGCAAAAGCUUGACCCUAUUUCAGAACGACACUGCAGCCAAGUACUACAAGGAGAUCCCGCUCUCGGAGAUCCUCCAGGUGGAGCUGGCCCGGGAUUUCGCCAGCCUGCCCCAGGGCAGCAACCCGCACUGCUUCGAGAUCAUCACCGACACCAUGGUCUACUACGUGGGCGAGAACCAUGCGGCCAGCUGCGCCAACCCGGCGCUGGCCGCGUCCGGAGUAGGCCUGGAGGUGGCCCAGGGCUGGGAGAAGGCCAUCCGGCAGGCGCUGAUGCCCGUCACCCCCCAGCCCAGCGUCUGCACGGCUGCUGGGCAGGCCAAAGACCACAAAGAGUUGUCUAUCAGCAUAUCUGUGUCUAACUGCCAGAUACAGGAGAAUGUGGACGUCAGCUCCAUCUACCAGAUAUUUGCAGAUGAAGUCUUGGGAUCGGGGCAGUUUGGGAUUGUGUAUGGCGGGAAGCACAGGAAAACAGGGAGGGAUGUUGCCAUCAAAGUGAUCGACAAAAUGAGGUUCCCCACAAAGCAAGAGAGCCAGCUGAGGAAUGAGGUGGCCAUCCUUCAGAACCUGCACCACCCUGGUAUAGUCAACUUGGAGUGCAUGUUUGAGACCCCCGAGAGGGUGUUUGUCGUCAUGGAGAAGCUCCACGGAGACAUGCUGGAAAUGAUCCUGUCCAGUGAGAAGAGCAAACUCCCUGAGCGCAUCACCAAGUUCCUGGUUACUCAGAUCCUGGUGGCGUUGAGACACUUGCAUUUCAAGAACAUUGUCCACUGCGACCUGAAGCCAGAGAACGUCUUGUUGGCCUCCGCUGAACCUUUCCCUCAGGUGAAGCUGUGUGACUUUGGCUUCGCCCGCAUCAUCGGCGAGAAGUCGUUCCGCCGCUCGGUGGUGGGCACCCCAGCCUACCUGGCCCCCGAGGUCCUGCGGAGCAAGGGCUACAACCGCUCGCUGGACAUGUGGUCGGUGGGCGUCAUCGUCUACGUCAGCCUGAGCGGCACCUUCCCCUUCAACGAGGACGAGGACAUUAACGACCAGAUCCAGAACGCGGCCUUCAUGUACCCCCCCACGCCCUGGAAGGAGAUUUCCGGGGAGGCUACGGAUCUGAUAAACAACCUUCUUCAAGUGAAGAUGAGGAAACGGUACAGUGUAGACAAGUCCCUGAGCCACCCAUGGCUACAGGACUACCAAACGUGGCUGGACCUCAGGGAGUUUGAGACGCGGCGAGGGGAGCGCUACAUCACCCACGAGAGCGACGACGCCCGCUGGGAGGAGCACGCCCGGAGGCACAACCUGCUUUACCCCAAGCACUUCAUCAUGGCGCCCAACCUGGACGACAUGGACGAGGGGCCCUAAGGGGGGGGGGCGGGGAAGCGCCUGCACCCCGUGCGCGAUGCACACGGUGGGGCCACGGAAACCCUCUCCGCCCGCAAGAGACCUUCGGGAAAGCGCUCCCUCCUCCUCCGAAAACUGGCCGCCGCAGAGACCCGCUGGACGCUGGACGCCGGACGCCGCCGGAGCUCGGCCUCCCGGGUGAAGGGGCGCGUUCGCUGCGAGCCGGUCGGCGGUCGCGCUAUGCUACGUGGAACAGAGAGGUGGCGCUGUGCGUGCGACGGCGCUAGAGUGCGGGGGACAGGAGACCAAUGCACUUCGCAGACUUUGUGCUCUCCUUUUUUCCCCUUUUCUUUAAAUAGACUGAAAGUCAUUCUAGAGAUUAAACGAAGGCCCCUCUCUCCACUUAACAUACUGCUUUUUCUUUGACAAGCCAUAAAAAUGCAUCUGUUGAACGUAUUUGGUUUGAAAUAUAAUUUCCCCUAUAUUUUUCUGCCUCAGAAUGGUAAUAGUCGUGGCACAAUUCCGCUCCACCCAGAAAGGGUAAAAGCUUGGACCAAACGAAGGAGUAAAAAGCACAGUUGCCCUUGGUUUAGAUGGCCUAUUUUUCUAAAUGUGAGAUUUUGGAAAGUGUGUUUUUGCUAUCUCUGCAUAACUAGGUUAAAUGGGUUUUGCUAUCCCAAGAGAUUUUCAGCUGUUUUGUUUGUUUGAACUGGAACGCAUAAUGUAGGCUAAUGUGCUCAAUACAUAUGUGUAUUGAACAAAGGGUAGAAUGUUUUUGCACUAUAGGUCAGCUACCCUUGUCUGACUGGUCCUAAAAAGUCAAGCAAAGGUUUGAAAAACAACAGCUGCUGCUAAUGUCCUUUAGCAAAAGCAACUAAUAUUUUUAUAGGGGGCUCCACAAAAAAAGAAUGUUCUAGAAAUUUUGUAAAACUACCUGAUGUAGUUGCUCACAUUCAAUAACUUCAAAAAAGCUGCUGAAUACUUACAAUUCCCCAUCACCUGGGCAAAAAACUGAGUCACCAAAGUGAGUAAAAAAACCCCCAGAGUUUUGGUAUGGCUUCCCUAAAAUAAUUCAAACAUUUCCUUGGCCUUAUCCCUUAUUGUCAGCAUGGUUUCAUUUGUCAAUCUAGUUUCAUGACAAUCAGGAUGUGAUGUAAGUUUUUCUCAACAGUUCCCUCUCAUCUACAUUUCUGAUGACCAACAUUCCAAGUGCAAUGUCAACAACUGAAAUGACCAUUGUAAUGUUUUACUUUUCCUUAUCCAACCAUGUCACUUUUUUAUUUUAUUUUAUUUUUUUGCUUUGCAGUAUGGACACUUAUACUUUCCAAGAUGGAUGUAUAACUUAAAAUUAAUAUAGCAUAUAUGAGAGACUGUACUAGAACAAUUGAGGUGAAGAAACCAGCUCAACGACUGGUGAUACCUGAUACUAGCAUGAUCUUUAUGUGUUAUGCAUUGCAUGUUUUUUUUUUUUUGUUUUUUUUUGAGAGGUGGAGAGACCCUUUUUUGUUUUGUCUAUGCCUCAUCAUGCAGCACAUCCUAGUCAGUGCAGUUAAGUCCUGGAACCAAACUGUGUGAAGCUGGUAGGACUGUCCCCACUCCUGGACAGCACGGUCUGAAUAUACGUUUGCAUCUGCUCGAGAGAUUCCAGCAAUGGAACACUUUUUUUUUCCAUUUUUCUAAGUGCAAUUCAGCGGAGUGGACCCACGAAGCAACAUUCCUGCUUAACAUUCCUAAAAACGCGACGCUUUCGCGCUGCGUCCGUUUUGUGGCCUUGAAGAUGGAGGAGACGCGCUGCAGCUAACAUGGUAGAAAUGUCCUCAGACAAGAACAUUCAUUUUUUUUUGUUAGUGUUCAAUUCCUCAAUCCACCACCUUCAGUAAGAGAAUGUCCUUCAUCCAGUGGAAACUAGUUACGGCUGAAACAGCGCCUAGCCUUCCGACCUGCCAGUCAUCUUUUGAAUUUAUGCUUAUCCGGGGUAGUAAAUGUGGUCAGGGCAAAUCACUCUGUCCUGGGCAUGGCACUAUAUGGGAGGCAGCAGAGUGACACUGUGCCAGGUUGUGGUCCAGUGGCUUCUAAGCGUAUGGUUGAGCCAUUUCUCCACUACCCGCAAUCUUCGGUUUACACACCUAACUUAAAACACUCUGAAUCUUUAAAUACGGUUUCCCAAAUAAAUGUUGUACGCUCCUAUUGAAUACUCACGGCUAGUGAUGGAGGCCCAAAACCACAGAGGAUGGUAAAAUCACUGCGGAGAAUUUGGUGGCUCUCCCUGAAUGGUGACCGUUUUCCAGAGGGACCAAAAUGGCUUGUGACUGAAGCCCCGCCCCCUGACACGUUCAGGUCAGACCACCGCUGAACUGAAUCAGGAGUGCUUUUCCCUGGAUUGAGCCGGGAGGCCCUCCAGGUAAAGCAGGGAGAGGGAUCGGGGCGUAGGUCUCACCACCACGGGACGCAGGAUCCAGCGGGGGCCAGAGAUGCAAUCCGGGGAACCCCCGUCACCCACCUGGGUUGCCCAUGGAUUGGCAGGUGUCAGUAUUUUUGUACACUUUAGUAUUUAGACUUAAUAAAAUUGCUACAACA